UUAAACUUUGAUCCACAUCUGCCAACUGACAGCCAACAACGACAGAAGAGAACAGAGUGGAGUGAGCAAAAGUAACCACCGCCAGUUCCGACAAUCCAAAAAGUCCAGAAAGAAAGGUCGCAUUCAUCCACAUUUGGCAUUCGCACCCCAUAAAGGCCUCCCACAAACACUACUUGCCACCAAAGUCUCAAUCUUUCAGCUUUCUCCUUCAAUCCGCGUAAAAACAAAAUUUCUCUUUUCACUGUUUUCCCCACCAUCUCUGGCGAAACCCACUUGCUAGCGACGAGAAGUGAUUUCCGGCGAGUUGGUCGAGAAUGGCUGUGGAGGCUGAGAAAUCUGGGCCUGACGGGAAGCUUUGGAGUCUAUUCAAAAUGCCGUUUUGGCAGUCUGGGAACGCUUCUUCGUCGUCGUCCUCGACCUUGUCUUCAAUGCAUCACAAUGUUCACCACCAGCUGGGUCAGAUUCACGAGUCUGCGGCGGAGCGGAUGGCUCUUCAUUCCGCCAGUACUGUGUCGUACGUGACCAAGUCUUUGCUUCCGGCUAGGAGAAGGCUGCAUCUUGAUCCUCCGAAUAAGCUCUUUUUUCCAUAUGAACCCGGUAAACAGGUCAGGAGUGCAAUUGGGAUAAAAAACACAAGCAAGUCUCUUGUAGCUUUCAAGUUCCAAACAACUGCACCAAAGAGUUGUUACAUGCGUCCUCCUGGGGGUAUACUUGCUCCUGGUGAAAGUCUUAUUGCAACUGUUUUCAAGUUUGUGGAACCUCCGGAGAACGAUGAGAAACCAGCUGUAGACCAGAAGAGCAGGGUGAAGUUCAAGAUCAUGAGCUUAAAAGUGAAGGGAGAUAUGGACUAUGUACCAGAACUGUUUGAUGAGCAGAGGGACGAAGUCGUGGUUGAGCAGGUUUUGCGUGUUGUUUUCCUUGACCCUGAGCGCCCUACCCCUGCAAUGGAAAAACUUAAGCGGCAAUUGGCCGAAGCUGAAGCUGCCCUUGAAACACGAAAGAAACCUCCAGAAGAAGCAGGCCCCCGGAUUGUUGGGGAAGGACUUGUCAUAGAUGAAUGGAAAGAGCGCAGGGAAAGAUACCUAGCGCAGCAGCAGGUUGAAGGGGCUGAUUCAGUGUAGAGUUGUGUUUGUUUAGGGCAUUUCUUUCUAAUUGGAAGCAUGUUUCAAGAGAAAAAUUAUAAUAAAGUACUGUUUCGUUCGGGUCCCCAUCUCUACCUUAUAACCUGUAGAUAGUAUAAAUGAAUGUUUUAAAUUUGACAGAAAUAUAAUCUCUGUUCUGGCUGGUUGUUUUGCUUCA